AUACAUUGGGCAAGACGUCUUAUCAAUUUAAAAAAGAGGUUAUAAUUUCGCAAUUACAAAAAACCUAUGGUUUGCCUUGAAGGUUUGCUGUAAAUUUACAAUACUAAAAUAAACGAACAUAAUGUAAAAUGGAUAUAUGUAGGACUUGAGAUAUCCAACACGUUUAAACUCACUAAACGAAUAUUAAACCGGAAGAUAACCAACCGGGAUGUCUUCGUUUGGAUCGAUCUUAUUCAGGGAUAUUGGUGUUAAAAGGUUUUGGAAUGCAUGGACUCGUGGUUAUAGAUUCAGUUAUGUGGUGCGGCGCUGCCGACGGGAACGUACAGUGCGGGAAGUGUUACAUUGUUUUAGGACGGCAUUUUUCAAACCGAGCAGAACUCUAUUAAUGUCUGUAACAGCGGCUUACAACAGUCGUAGUGAGGAGACAACGGACUGUAACGUUGGAAUUUCCGAUGAUGAACUGGAGGUUUUACUAAGAGAUGUGGACUUAGUUAAGGAUUUAAUCAAGGUGACUCUACAAUGCAGGACAUGUUGUAAACGUGUUGUUAUAGAUAAGAAGCAAGCCGGCGUGCAGUACUGUGAUUGUAAAGAUGGUCAUCCUGCGGAGGACUCUUCAGACGGCUGGGUCCCGUUCAUGGAGGCGGAGGAUGUUAUCAUCUGGCGCAAGGAGUACAAACCUGGACAGGGUUUAUAUGCUUACAAAGUAUACGGUCGCUACCCCGAGGUGAGUGCGCGGGAUUUUGCGGCAGUACAACUAGACGGGGCGUAUCGACGCGCGUGGGACGCCGCUGUCGCCGCGCUGGCUGUAGUACAAAGACACGCGCUCGGUGUACCUGGUCAGGCGGUGCUGCAUUGGGAGGUGUUGUGGCCGAGGUUAUUCGCGAAUCGAGACUACGUGUAUAUAAGACGACAUAAAGAAUUUGAUGCAUUUAACGAACGUCUAACAACCAAAGAUAAUCUAGUCGCCGACUGUACUGAUACACAAGAGGAAACGAGACGGAAAUAUGUUGACAAUACGAGUGAGGGAGACAGAGUUAAUAAUAAAGUAUACGUCAUAGUGUCCAAGUCUUGUGAACAUCCGGAUGUACCAGAAACGAGACAUGCUAUCAGAGUGAUGGAGUAUUGGAGUCAUAUGGUCGUUAAAACUAUUCAAGGUGCGGAUAAGCCCGGUAUGGAGUUCGUGCUGACAUACUAUGACGAGCCAGCGCGUGGUGGCAUGCCAGUGGGUGUGGCGGCGUGGGCCACUGGCCGCGCUGCACCCGGCUACCUCGCGCGUAUGCGUCGCGCUGCCAACCACUACCACGCGUGGGCAGUCAACACACCACCUCAUCAGCAGGAGAUGCCAGACUUCACACCCUUCGAUCCUGAGCUGGUGGAAAAGCAGCAGAAGAAUGCAAGCACACAGAUCAGUGAAGAGGAUAUGGAGUCAUCAAAAGAAGGUCCUGAAAUGGAAAAUAAUGAUAUCACAAGAGAUCAAAGCACACAGACAGAAUUAAAUGAAAAUAGAAUAGAAAUUAAAGAAGUGAUAAAAGAAAAAUGUAUAGAACAAAAUACACAGAACAAUGAAAUAAAGAAAGAACAAGAUGAGAAGAAAGAAGAUAAAAGAAAAAAUAAUGCAAUAAAUAUUGAAGCGCCUGUCCAAAAAGAUACGGCAAAGGAGACAGAGUUAGAAGGAGAAGAGAAUAAUGGCAGUUGGUGGAGAUAUCUCUAUCCUUUUUAUUAUUUUGUAUAGAUAAUAUUAAUAAUUGUUAUAAUAGUUAUAGGCUGAUAAAUUUAUUUGACC